AGAGCGAUCAUUUUUAUCUAUUGUAAAUAAUUGUAAAUACAUAGGUAAGUAGGUAGUUUUAAUUUUUUUACGACCUAUUUGUUCACCUUGCUGUUGUUGUGUUGCCAGUUGCCAUAUACUAGAGAGCGCCGAGCCGCGCCAUUUUAAUCCUAUUGAUUGACCGCACCGGUACAUUUAGGUUAUUUUUGCUAAAAGUAAAAAAAAAAUAUAAGCAAAUGAAUACAAGUGGAAAGGGUAUCAUUAUUGAUGGCCGCGGCAGAGAUAUAGUUUUAAAAGUACAUAAAUAUUUUGAAGAUGAGAGAGACAACUGUAAACUAAUGCUACAAAGAUUAAUAGCAUUAGAGACGCACGUAAAUGACGUGAAAGUGCCUUUAGAGUUAUUUAAAAAUAUACUUACUUAUUUUAAGUCUACCUGUCAAGUGGCUAAGCGAGUUAUUGCGGCUACACAAAUAAAUAAAAAUUCCCUUACAAAAAUUAAGAAAGAAGGUAAAGCUAAUAACACAAGUCUAAUAACUCCAGUGAAAAAGCCCAGAGGAAAGAAAAAGUUUUUCAGUGAUUCAAAAAUCAGAGAAUUAAGAAAUAUUCUGAGGCUUAAUUACAUAGAGGGAAAACAAGAUUUCAAGUUUAAAACUCUUGUGAAUAUGGUAAGAAAUGAUAUGAACUAUCGUGGGAGUCUUGCAACUUUGAGAAGGAUCAUCUGGGACAUGGGGUUCCGAUGGAAAAAGCAGCCCGGCAAGAUUCUAGUCACAUUGUGUGAAUAUCCAGAGAAAAAUAAAAUGAAUUUCAGUAGCUCUGAUGAUGAUAUAGUCUUACAAACAGACUCCGAAGUAAAUGAUAAGCAAGAAACCCAUGAGGAACUUUACUUGGAGUUAGAGAGCAAUCUGAAGGAUGACGAAAACACCGAAACAUUGAAAGUGGAUCGUCGUGUAUUUGAUUAUUGUUCUGAAGACGAGUAUAUGGAAGCAGAAUAUUUAGAAGAAUCGGACAACUAAUGGAAAUAAUCAGUUGAUCACUGAUUUUCAUUAAUUGAUAGAGCUCUCAGAUACCUAGUGCACGUUUAGCACUUGUUUGUUGCGCAAAGGAUCUCAACUAAGGGGAUACAAAUGAAUAACAGCCUAGCUACGAAUUUGUUUUUAAAAAUCGAAUGUUUUUUCAGUGUUUUUGGAAUCGCAAGACACGGAAAACUUGAUGGAGACUGAUUAAAAACUUA